AUGCUGGUUAACAUCGGUUGUGGUGAUAGUGUUUUGAGCAAAAUUGGUGAUCGUAACAAUACGACUAUCUGCAAUAACGGUAAAUCGGCUGGAGGAAUAUUGCGAUGUAAAAGCGAACGCACAUCGUCAACUCAGCGACGAAGAAUCAAGAAAAAUGUGCGAUUUUCGGACUGCUUUGAUUUGGAACAAGCGGAAUACUCUAUCAAUACGCAAGCGGAAAAGUACAGUAAGAAGUAUCAAAUGGUAAUCAAUCGGCCUUGUAGUUCUGUUUCGGAAUUGCAGCUACAAAAAUAUUUUUGGUUACCAACAGAAAAUGAACUGAGAUGGUUGGUCGGUGAGCAGUGCGUUCAUUUGGAAAGUGUUCGAUGGUUUGGUCGCGGUAUCACCGGUGUGGUUCGGGUGAAGAAUUUGGGUUAUGAAAAAAAAAUAGAAAUAUUGUAUACCUUUGACGACUGGACUACCUCAUACACUAUAAAAGGCGCUUAUACAGAAUCACCGUCGCCGCAAGAAGAUCGAUUCUCAUUCUGCAUAUUCUUGCCAUUCUUAAAACUCGACCUAUGCAUUUAUUUCUGUAUAAGGUAUGAAUGUGGCGGGAUGGCAUACUGGGAUAGCAACUGUGGUGGAAAUUAUAAAUUUGUAUGCCACUCAGUUGCAACCUUCGAAGAAAAUACCAGCAAGGAAAGAACGGAUUGCAGUAACAGUUCCUUUAAUCCAUUUUUCGAUUCCGAUUGCUCAAUAUUUUUCUGAUCCGACCGACAAAACCCGUCUGUACCGUUAUUUCAUGAACAGUUAAGAAGCGAUCGAAUCAUUUCUGUUAAACACAAUGAAUUUUUGUUCUUCAAAAUUUAAAAGUUUCUCCAUAUUUCAACAGUCACAUUUUCACAUCUAUUAGUAGUUCCGGUAAAUCACACCAAAAAC